UUCCAAAGCAGUACGAGAUAAAGAUGCUGCCCAAAGAUAAACCCUAUUCGAUGAAGAACCAUGCCGCUAAUGUAAACGGAACGGUUUACUUUUCGGAAGUAUCACGCCAUUUAAGAAGGUAGAAGUAGUUCACAACCGCAGUCGAAGUUCUACAGAUAUUAGUGAUGGAAAGUUUCGAGGUCAAAACACCCACCGGUGAUCCGGAACAUCCGAAGGAUUUCAAAACUGCGGGUAGUACCACUUUCGACGAUGCUCUCUCAAUGAUAGAGUUUGGCAAAAUCAACUACGUCCUUAUCAUCAUAGCAGGAACGAUACUGACAGCUUUCCUGUUGGAAACUCUUGGUAUCAGCUACGUGAUCGCGGUGGCAGAGUGUGAUCUGCAUUUGUCAACCAAGGAGAAGGGAGUGCUUAGUGCGGUAGGAUUCGUGGGAGUUAUCGUUAGUUCACAUUUAUGGGGCUUUCUGGCGGAUACCAUGGGACGCCGAAAGGUCAUUGCUCCAACGCUUUGUCUGACGUUCAUCGCGACUACGUUGUCUAGCUUUGCGACGCACUUUUGGUCAAUAAGGCUGUUUCGAUUUCUGGCUGGAUUUUUUGUUUCGGGUUCAUCGGCUACAAUCUACGCGUAUUUAGGAGAGUUUCAUAACGAUCGCAACCGAUCGCGUGCGAUCAUGGGAGCUUCGUUUAUAUUUGGCAUUGGUUGUCUACUGCUUCCAGGAAUCGCCUUCGCUGUAAUCAAUCAGGAAUGGGAGUUGAUAAUUCCUUUUCUAGACGUAAUUUAUCGACCGUGGCGUUUGUUUCUAGUUGUUUGCGGCUUACCGGGUUUGGUAAGUGCGGUGGCCUUGUGGUGGUUGCCUGAAAGCCCAAAGUUUGAACUGCACCAGGGCAAGUUCCAGCAGACCAUUCACACUAUCCAAUGGAUGCAUCGUAUCAAUUCAGGCAAGAAGGCGGCACGCCUUCCGAUUAGUUCUAUCGUAGCGGACGAAGCUGAUAAACAGUUCGAAGAACGCCGUGCGGUGCUGAGUAGCUCGAAAGGAUUUCGGGCCACGAUGAGACUCGUCUGGGAUCAGACGGCUCCUCUCUUCAAGAAACCAUAUCUGAAAAUAUCGAUGAUUGUGUGCUUUCUGCAUUUUGGAACGUAUUUCACCUCGCAUGGGAUGUACAUGUUUUUCCCGGAAAUACUGAAUAAGAUGGUAGAAACGCGUGCGGCUGGAUUCAACAAUGUUAGUUUGUGUAGCGUUGUCUACAAGCAAACUCCCGAAACAAUGGUUGAAUCACAGGUAAUGAUGGAGUGCAAGCAAACAUUGGAUGUUACUACAUACGGGCUGUCAUUCAUUCUGGAAGUGAUAUACGCGUUAGGAUUUGCAUUGAUUGGUGUAAUCAUAAACAAAGUCGGUAAGCUAGCCAUCUUAGUGUUCGUGUUUCUAGGUUGUGGAAUAGCGGGAGCGUUGAUAGCCGUACUGACUGUUCCGUUAGCCUCGAUGUGGCUCUAUAUGAUACUGGUGAUGGCUGGCUUCAGUGGCAGCGUUGUGAACGCCGUUAUAGUCGAUGCGUACCCCACUAGUUUGAGGGCCAUGGCCGUGUGUAUAGCGCUGAUGUUUGGCCGGCUAGGAGGGGUGCUUGGAGCAAAUAUGCUUGGUCUCAUGCUGGAUACUCACUGCGAAUGGACCUUCGAGAUCUCAGGACUCAUUUUGCUGCUCUGUGCUGUACUAUCCUUUUUCAUUCCGAACACAAAAGAGUGUGAAACGAAGAAAGAACCGAAAGUACCAGAAUAAAAAAACGUUUGUAUUACUGUGAUUUAAUCACUUUACCAUUUUAAAACUAGGUCACAGUUCUAAAGCCGAUUGUCUCUAACGUUGGUCUAGAAUGUAUUCAUGUAUUGAGACGAUCGGCUUCUGUUACUGUUAUGCUGAAUUGCUGUUUUAGUUAAUGCUUUCAAAUGUAUUCUUAAUGCGUGUGUAUAACUGGAAUAAGAACCAUUGUUGCCCGAUAAAAGAUGUUGGUUUAGUAUCGUUGUUAACAAAAUUACGGCU